GGACUAAAUGGUGGGCGGUCCUCCGGGAGGGGCGGUACCCAGGCCCUGCCCUUGGCCUGGAGCUAUCAGAAAAGGCAGGCCGGGACUGAACCAGUGUUCCUGGGUGGGAAGAAGGCGUUCCUGCAAACGUGAAGACACUGCAGAGCCAAGAAUUCGUGCUGGUGCCUUGCGAACUCUCGUGGUAGUCAGCCAACAGCUGCUGUGUCUGAGCAGCCUUGCUGAGAGGAAAGAAUGGCUUGCAUUGAGUUUUCUUUUCACAUGCCAAGUCUGGAGGAGCUUGCUGAAGUUCUGCAGAAGGGGCUAAAGGACGGCUUUGCUGAUGUCCAGGUCUCUGUGGUGGACUGCCCAGAUUUAACAAAAGAGCCAUUCACCUUUCCUGUAAAAGGCAUCUGUGGGCAAACUAGAAUUGCAGAAGUAGGAGGUGUGCCUUACUUAUUGCCUCUUGUAAACAAAAAAAAAGUUUAUGACCUAAAUGAAAUUGCAAAAGAAAUAAAGCUGCCUGGAGCCUUUAUCCUUGGAGCAGGGGCAGGUCCAUUUCAGACGCUUGGGUUCAACUCUGAGUUCAUGCCAAUUGUUCAAACAGCAAGUGAACACAACCAACCUGUGAAUGGAAGUUACUUUGCCCGUGAAAAUCCUGCAAAUGGAGAAUGUCUGCUGGAGAAAUACAGCCAAAAAUAUCACGAUUUUGGAUGUGCACUACUGGCUAAUCUUUUUGCCAGCGAGGGCCAACCUGGCAAGGUCAUUAAAGUGCAAGCCAAGAGGAGGACAGGAGAACUUAACUUUGUGAGCUGCAUGAGGCAGACUCUGGAGAAGCACUAUGGUGACAAGCCCGUGGGGAUGGGAGGCACCUUCAUUGUGCAGAAGGGGAAAGUGAAAGCCCACAUCAUGCCUGCAGAGUUUUCUUCCUGCCCACUGAACUCGGAUGAAGCUGUCAAUAAAUGGCUACACUUCUAUGAGAUGAAGGCUCCUUUGGUUUGUCUACCAGUUUUUGUUUCCAAAGACCCGGGGCUGGAUUUGCGACUGGAGCACACCCACUUCUUCAGUCAUCAUGGAGAAGGUGGACACUACCACUACGACACCACCCCAGACACAGUGGAGUAUCUUGGCUACUUCUCACCUGCACAGUUCCUCUACCGCAUUGAUCAGCCCAAAGAGACCCAUGCCUUUGGGAGGGAUUAAAGCAGCUGGUUUAAUGGUUAGCUAAGGUUAAAUUACUAACCCUGCAACCAAUAGUAAUUCAAAAAUAUAGUAGAGGAGGAGGAGGGACAGGAGGAGGAGGGGGAAGAAGAAGAGAAGGAGGAGAGAGAGAUUCCCUAGCAAGCCAAGGCCCUACCUUAAUCCACCACAUAGCCAAUAGAAGUAAUUUCACUAAACAUAGCACUAUUUUUUAUGGCAUUUGAAAUGCAAGGAUGUGACAUAUGAUACUCAUAUUAUUGAGCAUUUUCAUGUGAAAGAGAGUAUUGGGAACAUAGAUAACUAAUUGAGAUGCUCACUUUACUAAACCAAUUUUAUGUCUUUAUAGCUCAGCAAAGCCUUUUCUUCAUACCUCAGAUAUCAACAUGGACAGGGACCUUCCAUUAUUCCUGCUGUCUAGGGAGAACUUACAUUUGGCUGGCAUUACUACAUUUUUCAAGUUCAUCUCACAAGGGCUGAGGGAUUAUUACUGAGUAUUAGACACAACAGUGUGGAAUCUUUGCACUGAGUUUUAAAAGCCCACUCUGGAAAUCAGUGUACUGUGUUCUCAGCACCUGGGGGACUCCCCACACUCAGAAGUCUGCAGCUGCCUUCCACAGAUGUUCGUAAACAUUGACUAGCCGGGUUCUUGCUGAAUUAGGUCUCUAUCCAACAGUAACAGUUUGCAAGAUAAGGAAGAAGAGAAACAGCAACAAAACACAACACUGAACUCAGCCACUCUCCAUUGGGAGAUAUAAAACUACUCUCUUAGUGUGUGGUGUCUUAAAGAUUAAGACACCUUUGUACCUGCCCUUUCUUUGGCUAUAUGGACUGUUGAGACAAUGGACCACAAGACAUUGGAAUUCCCUCAGGAAUUUCAUGCCAGGAGAAGGAAAAGGCUGAGGCCUGGUGCCAGCCAGAGGAGGAACUUGUCUCCAGGAAAGAUAUCACAUAGCUCUCAGGACAAACAGGAGCCUAGACAAUGGUGGUGGGCAGGACCACAGACUGACCUGCUUAGUUAAGCAUACCUCAUGCCUUCUACCUAAACUUGAACCUCAUGCCAAGACCCAACAUGGAUUCUGCAGGAUAGUGGGGAGGGAUGGGAAUCCAGAGACUUGUUUGUUCCUCUUCCCAAAGUGACUACAUUCAAGAAAGCUUUUUGUGCUUUUCAAAAGGUAUUACACUAUUACUGAGUGCUAAUGGUUAGUGUAUGGUGAUGAUGGUUAGAAAACUCCUUGCUUUUCUGUAUCAUAGAACCUGUGAUGAUCAUUAGCCAGAAAUCAAGUUUCCAACCUUGCUAAUGGCAAUAAGAUGUGGGUCUAGGAACUCUUUAGAACUAAACCCUAAAUGUUUUCUGAUUCUUUACUUUGUAAUGCACAUGCCUUGCAUUAUUUUUCACUUAUUUUUAAUUAAACAUGAUUUUUGAGGUGAAACUGAAUAAAAUCAUUUAAUACUGUU